GGGGUCAAGUGGUCAGUUUUUCCUCAUUUUCCACUGUGUGAAGGCGCUCCGAGAGGUGACCGUCCAGUGUUUUAGUGCGAAGGUUUUUCGUGUAUCGAUAUUUGUAUUUUUCUUUAAUGUUGCACGGUUCUGGUGGCCACGGUGUAUCCGGUUAUGUUUUUUGAAGGACUUCGUUCGGGAAGUGAGGGAAAAAUCGGAUUUUUCGAGGACGCAAGAUGCGAUACAUUGAUGAUACGUAUUAUACGUUAACUUGAUGAUGGCUUGAAUUAGAUCUGGUAUGGCAGAAAACGUAAAGGUUAUAGUGAGAUGUCGGCCUAUGAACAGAAGAGAAAGAGAAUCAAAUUGCAAGUGCUGUGUGAAAUGCCACAACUGCAUGGUGGAACUGUGGGAUCCCAACGAAGGUUCAACAUUUCCCAAACAGUUCACCUUCGAUUACGCCUUCGACGAAAAUUCCACAACCGAAAUCAUCUACAACGACAUCUGUUACCCCCUAGUAGAGAGCGUUUUAGAGGGUUACAAUGCCACCAUAUUCGUGUACGGACAAACGGGAUGCGGGAAAUCCCACACGAUGGAGGGAAAUAGAAAUCAGGAACCGCCAGACAAGGGGGUCAUCUCCAGGGCUUUCGAGCACAUUUUCGAGGCCAUAGCAGUGACGACCGGUGUAAAAUACUUAGCGAUAAUUAGUUAUUUGGAAAUUUACAACGAGCAGAUAAGGGAUCUACUCUUACCGACUGACAAGAUAUCGGCCAAUUGUACUUUAAGUCUGAAAGAGACGCCGAACGAAGGUGUAACAGUUCCAGGUUUAACGUCUCACCCUGUACACGACGCCGCCGAAUGCGAGAAAUUCCUCAGCGUCGGUUCGAAGAACCGAAUGAUCGGAGCCACUCUCAUGAAUCAGAACAGCUCCAGAUCGCACAGUAUAUUCACCAUCAGCAUCGAGCAGAUAAGCGUGCAGAACAACAACGAAAGUAUAAGGAAAGGUAAACUAAAUCUGGUGGACCUAGCCGGCUCUGAGAGGCAAGCCAAAACUGGAGCCACUGGAGACAGGCUGAAGGAAGCUACCAAAAUAAAUCUGUCUCUUAGCGCCCUAGGAAACGUGAUAUCCGCAUUGGUUGACGGUAAAGCCAAACACAUACCUUACAGGGACUCUAAACUGACGCGUUUACUACAGGACUCCCUUGGAGGAAACACGAGAACCCUGAUGAUCGCAUGUAUUGGUCCUUCCAGUAGGGAUUAUAUGGAAACACUGUCGACGCUCAGAUAUGCAAAUAGGGCCAAGAAUAUUUACAACAAACCAAAGGUCAAUGAGGACCCAAAAGACACCAUCCUCCGACAGUACCAAGAAGAGAUCGAGAGGCUCAAGACUCUCCUCGAAACAAAGACAACGACAGAUGGUACAAAACUGGCGGAUAUCAUCGAAUCGAACGAUAACCUUCAACUGACCAACACAGAACUGGACGCCAAGAGGGACGAACUCAUAAGGGAGUACGAGGAGGAGAUGCAGAAGCUGAAGAACCUCCACGAGAACGAAAAGAUCGAGAAGGAGAACAUCCUGAAACAGAUCGAACAGAUAAAGAAGGAGUACGAGAGGAGUCUGAACGUGAUGAAUCGAGAGAUGAAGGUUAGAAAAGAGAAGGAUCUGGUAACAGACGAGGAGAUCUUGAGGAGGAUAGAGGUGUUGAAGGCGUCUAUGAUAGGUGGGGAGAGAGCACACGACAAGGAGCUAUCAGAGAGGAGAAAGAGGAAGAAGAGAGCAGCUGAACAGAGAGCCAGCGUGAUCGCGCAUCUCCUGGCUAAGAUCGAUGAGAACGAGGACAGGGAGAUACUCCAGAAUCAGUACAAGGACAUUUCCCAAGAGCUGAACCUCAAGUGCGAACUGCUGAGGAAGUACAAGUACAAAGUGAAAACGUUGGAGAAGGAGAUCAGGGAUCUACAGGGUGAAUUCGAGGUGGAGAGACAAGAUUAUCUGGAAUCCAUAAGGAAGCAGGACAGAAAGAUCGUCCUACUGUCUCAGAUUGCCGAAAAAAUUUCUGCCACGUUGAAGAAAGACUGUAAUUAUAGUAACCUAGAGGCGAUCAAAGAACAAGCUUUGUGGCUGGAAGAAUCGCAAAUGUAUAGAUUGCCAGAGCUCAUAACUCAUCGGACAAAACUACCAACUCCAGGUCGUCUAGUCGACAUACAGACAGCUCCAGCUCGGUUGAAUUCAUUUACUGAAGACGAAAAAGAUGGUCGAAAAUUAGAUGCCGAAACUAUAAUUGAGCACUAUUUUCCUCCACGGAAAAGAGCAAAUGAACUACUGAACCAAUCGACCAAACUAGAUACAGCCAAAGUUUUCAACACUUGGAGAGGUCGAAAUUAUGUUCCAGAAUUCACCAAAAGAAAUAAAGCAAGGUCUUCAGAUCAUCUCAACGCGAUCAUAGUAUCGUCACCAAAUAGACACAGAGGUGGUUUGCCAAAAAGUAUGAAUGGUUUGAACAAUUUGUGGCUCCAUGGUACUACUUCGAAACUACCGCAUGAUAGUAACUUGAAGAAACCCCUACAACUUGAGGCCCUACCCAACAUAAAUCCUCCUAAAAACGCGACUGUAAGCAGCUUCGAACUGGACAUCAAUUCCUAAAGUUACUUCAAAGUGGAGGAUGGAUCUGUAAGGUUAAAAUGAAAUUUCGAAACAUUACAGUCGCCUUAGGAAGGAAUUUAUGAUGAAUGAGGUACACCCAGUAUAUUGCCGCGUCGUACUGGGUUCGAAAUAAUCGUUCUCCGCACGGUUCCAAAAGCUAAUGCUACA